CACACAAAUUUAUGAACAAGAAUCCAAUUCAUUCGUUUUCUUUAUUUCCUCUCCUCUAUUUUCAUCUUUCUUUUUUUUUCCUUUUAAAAGUUUUAAAUUACUUCCCGUCCUUGUUUUGUUAUCACAAACCAAACAAAAAAAAUUCAGAAAAAGAAACAAACAUCAGUACCGUUGAUCCGGCCGGGUCUAUAAAUCCCAGCUAAGAAGUUUAGGGUUGGCGUUAAAGACUUCAAGCUUAGACCUUUUUACCCCACGCCGUUUAUUCCGAAACCAUGUUUGGUAAUAAUAAGUAAACAACAACAUUAUUUUCGUUGUUGUUGGGUUCAUAUCUUUGUUUCUGCUGCGGAAGAAGAACAAGAAACAAAACCCCUGUUUUGUGUUUCACAUCAAGGUUUAUAGAGCAAGUCCUCUAUACCAAUCUGGCUAAGAAAAGGCCAGCAUAUCAAACGCAUGUUCAAUUGGGGUUCCCCUAAUUGACAGAGAUUUUCUUCCAGUCUGGCAGCUGCAAAAAAUUUGAGUUCUUCUCGCACCUCUAGGAGGGUGUGGGGCGAUAAUGAGAGAGUGGCCUUGCUUUGUGUUUUAAGGAGAUCAAGAUCAUCACACAUAUGGAGACUGUGCCGUGUUUCAGUGGGAUUGUCGCUUGAUUAUGGCUAAGGUCAGCCGUGGUUAAACCCUCGGAAGCUUGGUGCUAUUUUUUCGGAGUAUAUAGCAAGAUUAUAUUGUUGGUACCAGCUUCCAGACAAUUAUGAGCACAGUAGUUUUCUGUUGAUAGAUUUCCAGUGUUAUUAAAGGUAGUUGGCGUGUUGAUGCAGUUCUCAUAUAGCUCCUAAUGGUUAGGUUUUCGUGUUUCCAAGUUCACACCCCAUCCCCAAAGCCAAAGAAAAUUUCCCAAUCUUCUGUCGAAGCAAUGCAUAAGUCGCUACAAGAUUCUUGUAAAAUUCAAGCUUUUAACUUGAAGCAGUCGUCUGGAGAAACAAGCUUGAAACCAGCACAGGCAGAAGGAAUGUCUCAAACCAGUAGAAAUUUAAAGCAUCUAUUGUCUCUUCAACCUGUUCGAAAAUCAGAUGACAAUGAAAACAAUCGCAUUGAUGAAAGUAACAUUGAUGUCUCUCAGACAGCACGUAUUAUAAAGAGUCGGUCUCUGGGAAGUGCAUUAAACCUGGAGGGCAGGGUUUCUGUUAACAAUGAUGCUGAGGAUGACACAGAUCAAGGAUCUUCUGAUGGUUCUGAUGAGCACAAUAGGUCUGGAGUACCAAAUGGUAGCAGAGGAGUAAGCCCGCCUGAACAGUGUCAGAGCUCUGAAGUUGUCAAUGAUGGAUCAAUUUUCUCAAUUGGAGAACCAUUGCAUUCAGAGAAGGAAGGCCAAGAAAAUUCCGACACACAAUUACGUUCAGAGAAAGAAGGCCAAGAAAAUUCAGAUACUGCAUUGUCUGGUGAGUGCAACGUUGACUCUGGUGUCCAGACGCCUCGUGCUCAACGAGGGCUUGUCAAAUCAUGUUCUUUACCAAACAUCAGUAAUUCUACUCCAACUGCUGACGGCCAUUCUCCUUUGAAUCAUUUAGCAAUUCACUCAUCAAGAUCUUCCCAGGACCUACAUGUCUUAGGUGUGAGGCGAAAAGAGCUUUCAGUUCAUGAGCUAGGGAUGCAGGUAAUGCAAGAACAAAGAAGGGAUGAUAUCACAGCUAGACCUGAGAACCAUAGUGUUGAAAACUCCAUUGAUGAUGGUUAUGAUUCCUGCAACUACUCUGGUUUAGCAAAGGACUGGAUAAUGCCAGAAUCAGAUGAGACAAACAGAGGGAAAAUCCUCCAAGGGGAAUCCUCAGUACACCGUUUGGAUGAAUUGCCUAGCAGGGAUUUCAGGAUUAAGCGUAUUGAGGAGUGGGUGAGUGGUCUUCAGCACAGUAGUCCAUUGGAAGAAAUAACUGAGUCACUCCAAUCUAAUGACCUGGUGAUGAGAGAUUCCAGUGACUUAAAUAGUUUGAGUGCUGCUAAGACGGAUGUUAAGGUCACCCCUGGUAUGGAAGCUGCUAAAAGAUAUAUAUCUGCUUUGAGUGCAGUUUCCACCACAGCUCAGUUGGCAAAUCAUGGAUUGGCAGUGAUCCCGUUUCUGAGUGCAUUCGUGAAUCUGAGGGUGGUCAAUCUGUCAGGAAAUGCCAUAGUGAGGAUAACUGCUGGUGCGCUUCCUCGAGGACUUCAUAUGUUGAAUCUGUCAAAAAACAAUAUUGCCAAUAUUGAAGGACUGCGCGAACUCACUAGACUUCGAGUGCUGGACCUGAGCUACAACAGGAUUUUGCGAAUUGGGCAUGGCCUGGCCUCUUGUUCCUCGCUAAAGGAGUUGUACUUGGCCGGAAACAAAAUCAGUGAGGUGGAGGGUCUUCAUCGCCUCCUGAAGCUGGCUGUUCUGGACUUGCGAUUUAACAAAAUUUCGACAGCGAAAUGCCUUGGCCAACUUGCAGCUAAUUACAACUCCUUGCAAGCCAUCAGCUUGGAAGGAAACCCCGCCCAGAAAAAUGUGGGAGACGACCACUUGAAGAAAUAUUUGCAAGGACUUCUUCCUCACAUGGCUUACUACAAUCGUCAACCAAUCAAGUCGAGCACUCUUAAGGACUCAGCAGAUAGGUCAGUACGGUUAGGCAGUACCCAUCAGUUUGAUCGUGGCCUCAGACCUGAUCACAAAGUGACCAGAAAGAGCACCCACGGCGCAUCUGCUCACAGGGCAUCAUCUUCAUCAACGCAUGGUCAUGCAAAUCAAUCUGUACUGUCACUAAAGAAGACCAGGGGCAGGCAUGGACACCUCCCUCCAAGUGGAACCAAGCCGUCAACAAGCCAUACUCGACACCACUAUUUUGAUAUUGGCAACAAGCUUAUGAACCUAAAACAGGACCUCUCGAUGCGCAGGAGUCGGAGUGUGGGAACUAUGGCAGCAAUGUGAGACUAGUUUGAUGCACAUUUCAUAUUUUAGAUUUCUACUUUUGCAUUCUGUAUCGCUUGUGGUAUUUUAUAUUUCUUUUGCUUUCUGAACACCUAUUGGUUCACAUUGUUGAAUUUGCUUUUGCAAAUAAUAUGUUUCUUUUGUGGGCAUCUUCCUGCGGAAACAGUGACAGUAUAUGUCUACAAUUUGAUCAAAAUUUGUUUUCUCUAUA